AUGGUUUUCUUAAAUUUUUUUUUUUUUUUUUCCCUUUUUUCAUUUUUCCCCUACUGGGUUUGCCAAAUCAAGUUGAUGCUACUCUUUGGCCAUCUUAGAUUAGUCACGCUAGUUUCUUCGGCUAGUUACACUUCUAAAGGAAACAAGGUUCAGAUCAUGUCUUAUAAGCUCUAUUUGUCCAAGGACAAGACCCCAACAGCGCUGGCUGAAAACAUCAAGGUUUCUGUUGCUUCUCUUGUUUUCAACCCUUCUCUCUUUGCAUCUUUAAAGAAAGUCACCCAAGAUAACGAACUAAUUAAUGAAUCGUUAACUCAAUCAAAUGAAAAACACACCGUCUUUAUUGACACAAAGAACCCAAAGUUUCAUUUAUUUCAUGCCAAUACUACUGCUAAAUUUUUGAAGGCCUUAUCUAGCUCUAAAUAUGAAGAUGAGCUCGUUUAUUCACACGUUGAAGGCCCCCUCUAUGAACUGACCAAAACAGGUAAGAUUGACGAGUCUGAAAUAGAGAAGCUUAUUUCCUCUUUCUCUACAGUUGAUACCAAGUCCAUUGAACAGUUGUUAGUUUUUGCUUCCAUCUAUGCCCUUAUUUUCAGGAACACAGAAUUGAUUUCGAAAUUCCCAUUUCUAGUCAGUUUCUAUACCGAGACUAAAGAAGCCGUUGACUUUGCCAUUGCAAAUACCAAGAUCGAGAGAAGUGUACCAAAAAACACUGGAACUACCAAUUAUCUGGCGGACCACCUUAUCAGAAAACCUGAGGGUAAGUUAAAACCAAUUGAAGGAGAACGUAAUAUUCUGAUCACAUCUGCGUUGCCUUAUGUCAAUAAUGUUCCUCAUUUAGGUAAUAUUGUUGGUUCUGUUUUGUCAGCAGAUAUCUUUGCUAGGUAUUGUAAAGAUAGAAAUUACAACACUUUGUUUAUUUGCGGUACUGACGAAUAUGGUACUGCUACUGAAACAAAGGCUUUAGAAGAGAAAGUUUCUCCAAGGGAAUUAUGUACCAAGUAUCACAAAAUUCAUAAGGAAGUGUAUGAUUGGUUUGAUAUUGGCUUUGACUACUUUGGCCGUACGACAACAGAAAAGCAAACCGAAAUUGCACAGGAUAUUUUUAUGAAACUCCACAAAAACGGUUAUUUGGAAGAACAGGUCAUGAGGCAGCUCUAUUGCCCUGAACACAAGGGUUAUCUUGCAGAUAGAUAUGUUGAAGGUGAAUGUCCAAAAUGUCAUUAUGAGGACGCAAGAGGUGACCAAUGUGAUAAGUGUGGUGUGUUGUUAGAUCCUUUUGAGUUAAUCAAUCCUCGCUGUAAGUUAGACAAUGCAACACCAAUUCCAAAGGACUCCAAACACAUUUUCCUAUCUUUGGACAAGCUGGAGCCGGAAUUAAAGGAAUGGGUUGAGAAAUCUUCAACUGAAGGUAAAUGGUCUAAGAAUUCCAAGACAAUCACUAAUUCGUGGUUAAGGGAAGGUUUGAAACCAAGAUGUAUCACACGUGAUCUUGUUUGGGGUACACCUGUUCCAUUAGAAGACUUUAAGGAUAAGGUUUUAUAUGUUUGGUUCGAUGCAACUAUUGGAUACGUAUCGAUCACUGCUAAUUAUACCGAUGAUUGGAAACUAUGGUGGCAGAAGCAAGAAAAUGAUAAAACCGACACCAAAUUAUAUCAAUUUAUGGGUAAAGAUAAUGUUCCUUUCCAUACUGUUGUUUUCCCAGCAACUGAAAUUGGUACGCGUGACCCAUGGAAUAAGUUAUAUCAUUUGAAUACUACCGAAUAUCUUCAAUACGAAGGUGGUAAAUUUUCCAAAUCCAGAGGCAUCGGUGUUUUUGGUAAUAAUGCUAAGGAUACUGGUAUUUCACCAUCUGUUUGGAGAUAUUAUCUAGCAUCAAUUAGGCCAGAAUCCCAGGACUCUCAAUUUUCCUGGACAGAAUUCGUUACAAAGAAUAAUUCCGAACUAUUGGCAAACUUAGGAAACUUUGUGAAUAGAAUAACUAAGUUUGUGAAUGCAAAAUACAACGGUGUUAUUCCAGAAUUUGACUUAAAGAACUGUCCAAACUUUACUGAAACCGCAGAAUCUGAUAUUAAUAAAAUCCUAUCCACUUAUAUUGAUGAUAUGGAAAACUGCAGACUGAGAAAAGGUUUAGAAACGGCAAUGCAAUUGUCUUCCAGAGGUAACUUAUUCCUACAAGAGAAUAAGCUGGACAAUUCCACUUAUGAGAAUGAGCCUGAAAAAGCGGAUGCUGUCGUAGCAAUCGGUAUCAACCUGGUCUAUCUAGUCAGUUCAGUUAUUGGCCCUUACAUGCCUGAGGUCAGAGACAAUAUUUGCCAAAUCCUGAAUGUGCCACAAUUGGCUAUUCCAGAUAAGUUUGAGAUGUUCAUCCAGGAAGGUCACUGUAUCAGUAAACCACAAUACUUAUUUGCCAGGAUUGAUGAAAAGAAGAUCGACGAGUGGAGGAACAAAUACGGUGGUGUUCAAAAAUAA